AUGCCAAGAAUAAAAAAUGACAUCAAAAUUAUGAACCAGAGUACAUCUCAAGUUGGUGAAUUGGCGGAUGCCAUGCUGCUCUAUGCUAAUGCAUUGAAUCGCUCGUUAGAAGCCGGAUUAUCGAAUCCUACUGGCAGAGAACUGGUGAAAUUCGCAAAAGGAAGUUUCGAAGGUUUCUUCGGCACCGUAACCAUCAACGAACGUUUAACUCAAAAUUCUGUGUUCUUGGUUUAUGGACUAGACUCUAAUGAUAAAGAAAUUAUACUAAUGAGAAUCGCCGAACAACUUUUGAAUUCGAGUGCAUCACUAAUUCAAGACCUCCAGCCGACGUCGGUGAUUUGGACAAAUCAUGGUGGCUCUCCUCCACUGAAUCGACCACUGUGCGACUAUGACGGGAGCGCCUGUCCGCCGUCGUUCACUGAGAAGUACUUGGCCAUAACACUUGUCGCCACCAUCGUGCCAGUCGUUGUCGCUGUCGUUGCAGUCCUCUUACUUUCAAGAUUUCGGAAGCUUAAAGAGGAUCGCCUCAACGAGCUUUGGAAAGUUCCUUUCAAGACUCUGGAGAAACGGAACGCCAAGGACACUAAUCGCCAUUUUUUCUGUCUGCUCGGCGAGGAUUCAGUGACAGCGCGCCGGCACACUAUAAAGCUGUUGUUGACCAAAGCGGAUUGUGCGCUGCUCAGAAAGGAUGUGAUCGAAAAAUGUGCAGUGCGAAUGGACUGGUUUUUUAAAUAUUCCCUCAUGCGUGAUAUUUGUGAGGCUAUCUACUUCCUUCAUCAUUCGUCAUUCGGAGCCCACGGUUGGCUGAGUUCUAAAAGCUGCUUGGUCGACGAAAGAUGGAAGGUUAAAAUCACUUUUUUCGGCUUAGACUCUAUUAAAAUGAAAGAAGUUAGGAAACGUUCAGAAUUGAUACAUAAGCUGAAGCGCGGUGGUCGAUCGCCAAUCAGACCGCUAUUAAACACGGAGGGCGACAACAACCCAAGUAUGGUGGUGCUGGUGAAGGACUGCUGGAACGAAGAGCCUGAUCAGAGACCGUCCUGUGACCAAGUGAAAUCGUUUAUGAAAGGCUUGAGCGACAAGGAGAAUGUGAUUGGCUUCCUGAACGAUCUCUACACUUUGUUCGACGCAAUCAUUGAGGAACAUGAUAUCUACAAGGUGGAGACGAUCGGCGACGGUUAUCUUUGCGCCUCGGGUUUACCUCAACGUAAUGGUAACGAACAUGCGAAGGAAAUCGCCGAUAUGUCGUUCGAACUGCUACGAGCCAUCAAGGAAUUUCGCAUUCCACAUCUACCUAAUGAAAGAGUCAACAUUCGUGUUGGAAUUCAUACAGGACCAGUAGUGACCGGAGUAGUGGGUAUUACCAUGCCUCGAUACUGUCUUUUCGGUGACACUGUUAACACCGCCAGUCGCAUGGAGAGCAAUGGGAAACGUAAACAACAUUCUUCUUCAACCGGUCGAAUUCAUAUUUCCACGGAUACUAUGAAGUUUUUGACCGAAGUGUUUGGUGGCUAUAAGACAGAGCCACGAGGAGAAGUAAUAGUUAAAGGCAAGGGAACUGUGGAAACUCAUUGGUUACUCACACCUGAGGAACAACAUCAAUCUAACAGCUGA